UGUGCAAGGCGAAGGAAAGCGAAGGAGAGAUGGAGAAACACCUCACUGCUCUCGUCGAAAGGGAGAGAGGUCGUCUGGCUCAGGAGACUGCUAAGAUGGAGAAUGACCUUCGGACUUUAGCAGAGAGGAGGAACCUGCUGGAGAACAAUAUCGUCAAGGCCAAACAGAAGCUAGAGAAGUUUAGGAGCCAGAUGAGCUGGGACCAGCAGACCAUGGAUUCCUUUUUAGAGGAGUCAGCGCUCAGAGAUGAGGACACUAUGGCCAUCACCAAGUACGCUGAGCAGGAUGAGCAGAGGAUCAAGGCGCUCACACUGGCUAUAGAGAAGAAGACACUGGAGGCCAAUGAAAAGCGCAAAGCACUCGACAAAGAGUUGACUGAGACUAUAUCCGCACAGAUUGCUUUGGAUAAAACUACAGAAAAUACUGCAGCAGGCCCACCACGAGACACAGCAGCUCAUCCACCAGUGGGAAAACACCAUCAAGCAGAUGAAGCAACGAGAUGCUGAGAUGCAGCAAUGU